AUGUGUGGUCAUCGUGAGGCGGCCACGUCGCCCACGGAUCACGAGAAACAAGGCACGGCUGAUGAAGCAGCUGUGCCACUGUCGCUGUCGUCCACGACCUCUCGCGGCGCGUAUCACCAGUGUGGGUCAGGUCGACGCGUCAAGCUGUACGUCCUGGAGCACCAGGCAUGGGCCGACCGUGGGACGGGGUACUGUGCGAGUGUGUAUGACCAGGACAGAGGCGAGGCGUUGCUGGUGGUGCGCAAAGAAGAAUGCUGUGAGUCGCUGGGUGAGGUGGCGGACGCGGCGGCGACACCGGACUCGUCUGGACCGGAAUAUAUGGUGGUCGUGAGUGAGUCGCUUGAAACGGACGACUAUCUUCUCCAUGCGCCUGUGAUCAAGGAAGACGUGUACCAGCGGCAGCACGACACGCUGAUGGUGUGGACAGACCUGGAGGGUCAGGACAUGGCGCUCUCGUUCCAGGAGCUGGAGGGCUGCCAUGAGAUUUGGGGCUUUGUGACUGAGGUGCAACAGCAUUUUGCUAUAAGCCAGGGCCUUGACUUUGAGAAGCAGGAGCCGCUGCCGCCUUUUGAUCUGCCUGCGCCUACGCCUUCGGCCCUGCCAUCGAUCCGGGACAAGCUGCAUGAAUCGUCGCUGCACAGCUCAGCGAUGCGCGAGAACAUCGUCGAGUGGCUUUUGCGCGAAGAAUAUGUGCGGAAGCUGGUGCCGCUGUUUGAGCAGGCGGAAGCCCUGCAAGACAUGUCGUCAUUGCACGCUUUGUACGGGAUCAUGCAGACGCUCUUCACGAUCAACGACAAUCUGAUCACAGAGUACGUGCUGCAGGACCACGACGUGUACUUUGCUGUGGCAGGCAUGCUGGAGUACCGCCCUGAUGCCCCGAAAGAGGCGCACCGCGCGUACCUACGUGACGAGUCGCGCUUCCACCAGAUCAUCGAGUUUGAUGAUCCGUCGAUCGUAUCCAAAAUCAAGGAGACGUUUCGACUCAUAUACCUCAAAGAUGUCAUGCUCGUGAGCUUUAUGGACGAGGCGAUGCUAGCGAUGCUCAACUCGCUGCUGUUCUUCUACCAGAAUGACAUUGUACACUACUGCCUCCACAGCGAGCGUGUGUGGGAACAGAUCCGCCGUGUAUUUUAUCAAGAUAAUCGCACGUGGGACGUGAUCCUCUUUCUCCAGCAGCUGUGCCACAUGUCUCGUCAGCUGCAGCUCACGAGCCGCGUGAGUUUGAUACGCAGCCUCGUCGAGGCCGGUAUCCUCGAUAUGGUCUCGUAUGCUCUCACCCAGCCGGAUACGUGCCAUGCCGCAACAGACAUACUCAUGAUCAUGAUCGAGUUCGACGCGUCGUGCGUGCGGACGCAUAUCCUGAACACGUGUCCCAGCGACAUGGACGCACGCUCGCCCUUGUUCCAUACCCUCGUGCGUGUAUUCCACGAGACUCACGAUACCGGGCUGUGCGGCCAGAUGAACGAGGCUUGGCGUUUGCUCAUGGAUGCGAACAUCGACGGCAUGGGCAUGUUGGCUCAUCAGGACGACUUGGACGCGUAUCUCGCCUGGAUGUUUCAGGGACCCAUCCAGGAUCUGUUUGCGCCGCUAUACCAGGUCCCCCGACUCUCGACCCUCGCAUGGGACGAGCCGCUGUCGCUCAGCUCGCACGACCAGAUGCUGUAUCUUCACCUGUGUGACCUGUGGUGCUGUGUCAUGACGCAGCACCCCCAUCGCAGUCGACACUAUGUGCUGGCAUCCGAUGCGUGCAGCCACAUUGGCUCGCUGCUGCAUGUGCGUGAUAAACACAUGCGCCUCGCUGCCCUGCGUGUGCUGCGUGCCUAUGCCGCGAGCCAGGACCUGGAUCUGUAUCAGCACCUCAUUGAUACCCAGGUGCUGGGGCACGUGUUGGCCCUGCUCCAGCGCGAAGCGCCCCGCGACAACCUUGUAUCGUCGGCGUGCCAGAGUGUGUUGGAGCAGCUGCGGAAGGACCAGGCUCAUCCUGUGCUCCAGCACCUGAUACAGACGUAUGCCAGCAUGUUGUAUCAGCUGCGCAUGAAUGUCACGUCGCAUGCGUGCAUCACUGCUUUGAUCGUGCAGUGUGAGCGACAGCGACAUGCGCCGCCAACCACUGCAUCGACGACUACGCCGCCGCCGACCGCCUCGUCUGACGGUGAUCAUCAUGACGACGCCUACUUUGCUGACGAGGAGGAGGCUCCGGCUCCCCAUGUGUCAGGCACCGAGCCUUUUCCCGCACUUGUUCGUCGACGAAAACUGGGUGACGACGAGGUCGACGACGAUGACGUCUUGGAACGUGUGGCGAAACGCAAAUCGAUAUCCCACGAGCCUUUGGCUCGAAUGGAACGCCAUGCCGAGGCAUCUCCCUCCCCGCGUGCUGUCAUGGCUGACGAGCCGGCCGGAGAACGUACAUAG